AUGUUUAUCAGAAGCUCAAAUCUAUGCCUAGAGAAGACAGGAAAAGCUUUAUUACAAGGGUUGCAUGAAUUACGAAUGACCUUGGCAGUACAAAUUAACUCAUUGGUGGUUUCUUCCUUAUCUACCCCAACUUUCCACAAUCAAACUCUUCUCAUUUUUCCCUUCUGUUUCCUUAGUUUUAGAGCAAAAAGAGCAAAGGAAGAGUUUUUGCUUUAUCCCUUAAAUGAGGGUGAAAUAAAAUACUCUUUUCUUCAAAGAUCCCCAGCCUUCCUGGAGAGGAGCUACUAUUACUCUAGGGAAGUAGGAGGAGAAUAUUCAGAUAAUGAGGCCCAUGGAAUGGUGAAGAACGAAUAUCAUCAUGUCUGGACUCAAGCGAACAAUCAAAGAAACCGAUCCAGAUUAUGAGGACGUGUCUGUGGCCCUUCCAAAUAAGCGUCAUAAAGCAAUUGAGAAUUCAGCUCGAGAUGCUGCUGUGCAGAAGAUCGAGACUAUUAUCAAGGAACAAUUUGCACUUGAAAUGAAGAAUAAGGAACAUGAAAUUGAAGUCAUUGACCAGCGACUGAUUGAAGCAAGAAGGAUGAUGGAUAAACUUCGUGCCUGCAUUGUUGCGAACUACUAUGCUUCUGCAGGGCUUCUAAAAGUUUCUGAGGGAUCAAAGACAUGUGAUACGAUGGUUUUUAAUCAUCCUGCUAUCAAGAAAUUUUUGGAGUCACCAUCUAGGUCUUCCUCUCCUGCCAAUCAGAGAUCAGAGACACCAUCAGCCAAUCAUUCAGAAAGUGAUUCUUUAUCUCAACAUAAUGACUUCUUAUCUGACAAAGACAAUAACAGCAAUAUGGAUAUAGAAGAAAGACUCUCAAACAACAUGGAACAGAGACCAAGCCGAAAUACUGGAAGGGACACCGCUAGUAUUACUGCCUCUCAUAAAACAGAGCAGCGGAAUGCUGAUCUCACAGGAGAUGAGACUUCGCGACUUUUUGUAAAGAAAACAAUAGUUGUGGGCAAUGUGUCCAAGUACAUACCUCCUGAUAAGAGAGAAGAAAAUGACCAGUCAACCCACAAGUGGAUGGUAUAUGUCCGAGGGUCUCGUAGAGAACCCAGUAUUAAUCAUUUCGUCAAGAAAGUUUGGUUCUUUCUUCAUCCCAGCUAUAAGCCAAAUGACCUUGUGGAGGUUAGAGAGCCUCCUUUUCACCUGACCAGAAGAGGCUGGGGUGAGUUUCCUGUCAGAGUUCAAGUUCAUUUUAAGGACAGCCAGAACAAGCGGAUAGAUAUCAUACAUAAUCUGAAGCUGGAUAGAACUUACACUGGCUUGCAGACUCUUGGAGCAGAGACGGUAGUGGAUGUUGAGCUCCACCGACACUCUCUUGGAGAAGACUCCAUUUAUCCUCAGUCCUCCGAGUCGGACAUCUCUGAUGCUCCACCAUCUUUGCCUUUGACCAUUCCAGCCCCAGUGAAGGCUUCCUCACCGAUAAAGCAGUCACAUGAGCCAGUACCUGAUACAUGUGUGGAGAAAGGCUUCCCAACCAAUACCGAAGCUGAGAGACACACUACUUUUUAUUCUUUGCCAUCUUCAUUGGAACGAACACCCACCAAAAUGACGACAUCCCAGAAAGUUACUUUUUGUUCUCAUGGCAAUUCAGCUUUUCAGCCAAUAGCAUCAAGCUGCAAAAUUGUGCCACAAAGUCAGGUUCCUAAUCCUGAGUCACCCGGAAAAUCCUUCCAACCCAUCACCAUGAGCUGCAAGAUUGUUUCAGGUUCCCCCAUAUCAACUCCAAGUCCAUCACCGCUGCCUCGAACCCCGACUUCCACUCCAGUCCAUGUGAAGCAAGGCGCUGCCAGCUCUGUCAUUAAUAACCCUUAUGUUAUCCUGGAUAAGCCGGGGCAGGUUAUUGGAGCCACCACUCCCACUACAGGAAGUCCUACAAACAAGCUCUCUACUGCCUCCCAGGCCUCCCAAGGAACAGGUUCCCCUAUUCCUAAAAUUCAUGGAAGUAGUUUUGUAACAUCUACUGUCAAGCAGGAGGAUUCUUUGUUUGCAUCUAUGCCACCUCUUUGCCCUAUUGGGAGUCACCCUAAGGUUCAGAGUCCUAAACCUCUAACUGGAGGACUUGGAGCUUUCACAAAAGUAAUCAUCAAACAGGAACCUGGCGAAGCCUCUCACGUGCCUGCAACAGGAGCUGCCAGCCAGUCACCACUCCCUCAGUAUGUGACAGUGAAAGGGGGUCACAUGAUUGCUGUGUCCCCUCAAAAACAGGUCCUAACUGCUGGAGAAGGGACUUCCCAGUCACCAAAGAUUCAGCCCUCCAAGGUUGUUGGGGUGCCAGUUGGGUCUUCUUUACCUUCAACAGUGAAACAGGCUGUGGCAAUCAGUGGUGGCCAAAUCCUUGUAGCCAAGGCCAGCUCUUCUGUUGCCAAAGCAGUUGGGCCAAAGCAAGUCGUGACACAAGGAGUUGCCAAAGCAAUUGUGAGUGGAGGUGGAGGAACCAUUGUUGCUCAGCCAGUGCAAGCCUUAACCAAGGCUCAGGUCACUGCUGCCGGCCCUCAGAAGACUGGAUCCCAGGGUUCAGUAAUGGCAACGUUGCAGCUACCAGCCACUAAUUUGGCCAACUUGGCAAAUUUGCCUCCUGGCACUAAACUCUACCUUACAACGAACAGCAAGAACCCUUCAGGAAAAGGGAAAUUGCUGCUGAUCCCUCAAGGAGCCAUCCUGCGAGCUACCAACAAUGCUAACCUCCAGUCUGGCUCAGCUGCAGGUAGUGGCGGCGGUGGGGGAGGCGGUGGCAGUGGCGGUGGCACAGGAGGGACCCAGAGCCCCGCUGGCCCAGGAGGGAUCUCCCAGCACCUGACUUACACAUCUUACAUCCUGAAGCAGACUCCUCAGGGUACAUUUUUAGUUGGUCAGCCAUCACCCCAGACAUCUGGAAAACAGCUGACUACUGGGUCAGUGGUCCAAGGAACACUGGGAGUCAGCACAUCUUCUGCACAAGGACAACAAACAUUAAAAGUCAUCUCUGGACAAAAAACCACUUUGUUUACCCAGGCAGCCCCUGGGGGACAAGCAUCGCUAAUGAAAAUAUCUGAUAGCACACUGAAGUCUGUGCCAGCCACCUCGCAACUCUCAAAGCCUGGAACCACCAUGCUCAGAGUGGCAGGAGGGGUGAUCACAACGGCCACUUCCCCAGCUGUGGCCCUCUCAGCAAACGGUCCUGCCCAGCCGUCAGAAGGAACAACUCCCAGUUCAUCAUCUGCUAUCGGUUCUGUAGUGAAAACUUCUGGGCAGCAAGCAGUGUGUGUGAGCCAGGCCCCCAUGCCAUCCUGCAAGGCUGCAGCUCCCUCCGUCAUCAGCGCCACAUCUCUGGUGCCCGCGCCAAACCCCAUCUCCGGGAAGGCCACCGUGUCAGGAUUGCUAAAGAUUCACUCCAGUCAAUCCAAUCCCCAGCAGGCUGUCCUGACGAUCCCCAGCCAGCUCAAGCCACUCAGUGUAAAUACAUCCGGAGGGGUACAGACUAUCCUGAUGCCUGUGAAUAAAGUGGUUCAGUCAUUUUCUGCCAACAAGUCCCCUGCCAUUCUGCCUGUAGCUGCCCCAACUCCGAUUAUCCCCAGCUCUGCUUCAGCAGCUGUUACAAAAGUAAAGACCGAACCAGAAGUGCCUGGGCCAGGCUGCCUCUCCCAGGAGGGUCAGACAGCUGUGAAAACAGAAGAAAGUUCUGAGCUGGGAAACUAUGUCAUCAAGAUAGACCAUUUAGAAACUAUCCAGCAACUCUUAACAGCAGUAGUGAAGAAGAUCCCCUUAGUCACUGCAAAAAGUGAAGACGCCAGCUGUUUUUCUGCGAAGUCUGUGGAGCAGUAUUAUGGCUGGAACAUUGGGAAAAGGAGAGCUGCCGAGUGGCAAAGAGCAAUGACCAUGCGAAAAGUCUUACAAGAAAUCCUGGAGAAGAAUCCAAGAUUUCACCACCUGACUCCCCUUAAAACCAAGCACAUUGCUCACUGGUGUCGCUGUCACGGCUACACCCCACCCGAUCCCGAGACCUUGAGGAGCGACGGGGACUCUAUUGAGGACGUGCUGACCCAGAUCGACAGCGAGCCAGAGUGCCCGUCGUCCUUCUCCUCUGCCGACAGCCUCUGCCGGAGACUGGAGGACCUGCAGCAGUUUCAGAAAAGAGAGCCAGAGAAUGAAGAGGAGGUGGACAUCCUCAGCCUCCCGGAGCCGGUAAAGAUCAGCAUCAAAAAAGAACAGGAAGAGAAGCAGGAAGAAAUGAAGUUCUACCUACCACCAACACUGGGGUCGGAAUUUAUUGGUGACAUCACCCAGAAGAUCGGGAUCACCCUGCAGCCUGUGGCGCUUCACAAGAACGUGUAUGCAUCGGUGGUGGAGGACAUGAUUUUAAAGGCCACGGAGCAGCUGGUGAGUGACAUCCUGAGACAGGCUUUGGCGGUUGGAUACCGGACAGCAUCUCACAACAGGAUUCCCAAAGAAAUUACAGUGAGUAACAUUCACCAGGCCAUUUGUAACAUUCCUUUUCUGGACUUUCUCACAAAUAAACACAUGGGGAUAUUGAAUGAAGACCAGUGAAUGGAAUGAAGAUGCCCUUAGAAAAGCAGGAUUUGCAGAUGUAUCCGAAGCUUCGAACUGCGACGACUCUUCUCUUUGGGGAAGGAGGUGAUUGUCUGUGUGCCUCGAAAUAUUAUGGCUACCAAACCAUUGCCUCCACUUAAAUCACUGUAACACCGGAGUAUUCGGUCCCAGAUCAGAUCCCUUUAGGACAGAAGUUUCUGAGUCUAGAAUGAAGCUGUGAGGGGAUGUGUGCUCUGUCAGCUUGCAUUUGCUCGCUCUCUGGAAAAGCUUUGGGACAGAGUCUCCAAGCUGGGCCAGGCCACGUGCAGCAGGUCCUUCUCUGGGUGUCAAGGGGUACCUUGGGCCACACUGGUGGUCCACCUAUUCUGGGGCUACAGGCAGCUCCUGCGGUUACCCUGGUAACCUCUGGAGCCAGGCGGGGCUUCCUGCCCUCAUCCGGUGGCUGUGGCAUGGGGUAGCCCACACGCUGUGCAGAAGUGUUUCCAUGGAGCACAGGGACAUUACUGCAGCCAAGGUCAGCACCGUCAAGGGGUAGGCAGAUCCCAGCAAACGUCCGUCUGGGAAAGGUCUGACUAUAACCAAGCAGCUCUCCAUAGGUCAGUAAUAGAGAACACCCGCAAAUCCCAGGCACCUGGCCGACCUGGAUCAGCUUUGUGUGUGUCAGGCAGAGCUGGUUCCACAGCAUUCACGGGGUAUGCAGGUCACCCCAUGGUGAGGGACCAGUGGGGAGCAGCCCCUGGGCCAGGCCUGCUGGGAUGGUGACUCCUGUCAGUGGACUUAGUGCCCUGUUCUUUUCCACUUGGCUUUUCCAAAGAAAAGCGUUUCAAGGAAACACUGUGAGUGCCUUAAAGAGAGAGAAAUGACUGCCGAAGCCACGAGAUAGGAAUGUCAGUGCUCAGAAGCAGUGAGAAUAGAUUGUGCCCAGAUGCAGAGCCCUCUUGGCGGGAGAAGUGAACAGGAGGAGGAGGGUCCAUAGGGCCUGUGUGAUACUCAGUUGCAUUACAGAUACUUUGUCCUAACAUAGUCUGUGUCGAAGGAAAGGAGAGAAUUUAUUCUGUGAGGAAUCUGCUCAAAGGAAAUUUGAAGUUUGUGAAUCAAACUUACCCAGUGAACAACAUGAGUUGUGUAGACGUUUGGGUCAGGAACAGAAGGCAGGGAAGUGACCAAGAGAUCUGCCCUUCUCUGUUCAGCCUCCGAGGAUUGCAGGUGCACAAGGAAACCUGUUCAAUAAGGCAUCAGGCAUGCCCGGGCUCAGUAAAAAAGUUUAGUGCAUAAAGGCUCAGAUACUCUAUACAUUAACCGCUGUAAGCAAGGCCAGUGGACAGGUGGAUAAAUUUAUUCAGCAGCGGACUGUGACAGUUCUACAGGAUGGAGGAUUUGAUCCCAAUGAGAACAGAUCGAUUUAUUACAGGUAUGAAAGCCUAAAGUAAUUAUCUUUUUGCAAAAGAAUAUUAAAUCAUUUAAAAGUUCCCAUAUGUGUUAAUGUUUCAGAUGUAUUUGUAUCAUAACAUGUAACAUAAUUGUGUAACAAAAUCUACAAUAAAUCUUUUAGUAUU